AUGACAAUGGAAGAUCGCUCGGGACCAGGCAUCGAUCGUCCAGGUGAUGCAGGUACAACAGCAACAGCAGCAAGUGGAAUAACGACGGACGCCUCCUAUCCACUCCGCCGAACAACCGGAAAGCGAUCCUUCGAUGUAGCUUUCCUAGUUGCUCCGGACGAAAAAUUGGCCCGACGUCAGAGCGAUUACAAUCAGCUAGAAACUUCUCACAGUCCUGACUUUGGACAACCAGUGAGCCCAUCCGGUGAUACCUGUUACCGUAGUUUCACAACCGGUCAUCCACCGCCAGGACAUCAUCACGCGGAAGAGCUGACAAGUUCGCGAAGUGCUUUCACUAAAGUCAGUUCAGUAAGCAGUUUCGAUGAGUCACGCAGUUCACCGCGAUCAUCGAUAUCGCCGGAUCGCGGCAGUUAUCGGAGUAGCAUCAGUCCGCCAAGAAGAACUCCACCGUUGCAAUCGUCCUGUCCCAUCAAGACAGCGACCUUCAAGUACGGCUCCUUCGCUGCGGUGGCCGCAGCGGCCGCGGCUGCCGCGGCAGCAGCCGCAUCUACCCCAUAUCCAUUCAUCUCAAGUUCUCCGGAAAGUGUGACACCCAUAACCGCAACCACAACGGCAACCGCAACAGUGACCAAUAAUCUGUCUCUCGGUGGAAAUCUCAAAAUCCGAAAAAUCUCAAACUCCGUGGAACCUUCAGGCUUUCGCACCGCGUCGGAGCUGUCGCCAGCGGCCGCUGCUGUUUACUCUAACCUGUCCUACGCACCGAUAUCAGUGUUUCCGUCUGCACCGAUGGCAGAAGCUCUCACGCGUCCUCGCCACUUGUUCGGUGUGACCGGUCUCCUACCGCCGUCCUUCGCUCUGAGUCUACCAGCUCAGAACGUCUGUGCCAAGUGCAAUCUGUCCUUCCGGAUGACAUCUGACCUCGUCUAUCACAUGCGGUCUCAUCACAAGAACGAAGGUACCGGCGAGGCCGCGAGAAGACGCAGGGAGGAGAAGCUCCGGUGUCCUGUCUGCGACGAGAGCUUUCGGGAAAGGCAUCACCUGACCAGACACAUGACAGCUCAUCAGGACAAGGCGAGCGAUUCCAUGGAUCCUCAGCAGCUUCCACAGGUGCAAUCAGGCAGCGUCAAACGACGAACCGCGGGACUGCCAGUUAUUCACGGUGCAAAGUGA